AUGGCUUCCUGGAGCCUUGGUUACCACUUGCAGGGUGACCACAAGAAACUCCCAGUGCCACAGAACCACUUUUCUGCAACAAAGCAUUUCCCUCGCAGAAAGAUCCUACCUGCCACCCAACUGGGCCAGAUUUUCUCUGACAAAAUCCCAAGUGGGCGUGGUUCAUUCAGAGCAAACGGGGCUGCCCUUGAAUGUGUCUCCCUUGUAUAUGGCUCUUGGGUCUCCAUUUGUUCUUAUCUUUGUCCCUUCUCCCUGCAGGAGGAAAGAGGGAACGGGAGUUCCCAGUGGGAGUUCAUCCUACUGGGGGUCUCUGACCAACCACGCCUGGAGAUGCUGCUUUUCGUAGUCUUUCUGGUCUUGUACAUCAUGAACCUGGUGGGAAACCUGGCCAUCAUUGUGGUCUUGUGGCUGGAACCCUGUCUCCACACCCCUAUGUAUUUCUUCCUCAGCAACCUCUCUUUCCUGGACCUUUGCUAUACCACCAGCACCGUUCCUCAGAUGCUGGUGAACUUCCGCAGCACCCACAAGUCCAUCACCUGGGCUGGCUGCGUGGCCCAGCUCUACGUCUUCCUCUCACUGGGCUGCACCGAGUGCCUCCUUCUGGCCGUCAUGGCCUACGACCGCUACGUCGCCAUCUGCCAGCCACUGCGCUACACAAUUGUCAUGAGCCGCCGCCUCUGUCUGCAGAUGGCGGCCACCGUCUGGUUGAGCGGCUUCGGCAACUCCAUGCUGCAGACCGUCCUGACCAUGCGGCUGCCCCGGUGUGGGCGGAACCGGGUCGACCACUUCUUCUGUGAGAUGCCGGCCCUGCUCAAGCUGGCCUGUGUUGAUACCUCCAGUACUGAGGCCGAGGCUUUUGCUGUCAGUGUGAUCUUCCUGCUGGUGCCGCUGGUCCUCAUCCUAGUCUCCUACAGCUACAUCGUCAUCGCCGUGCUGAGGAUUCGCUCGGCCCAGGGCAGGCUCAAGGCCUUCAACACCUGCGCCUCCCACCUGGCCGUGGUGUCGCUCUUCUACGGCACGGCCAUUUUCAUGUAUCUACAGCCUCCAUCCAGCUACUCUCAGGACCGGGGCAAGAUGGUCUCCCUCUUCUAUGGCAUCAUCGCCCCCAUGCUGAACUCACUGAUCUACACGCUGAGGAACAAGGAUGUGCACGGGGCCCUAAGGAGGGUGCUGGGGAGGCUAUUCGGGAGUAAGAGAACAUGAGCCAGAGAAAUGAAUCGUGAUUGGUUGGCUUGGUUGUCUAUGGGGCAGCAGUUCUGAUCCAGCCUCAGGCCAGGGGGACUGGCUGUCUCAGGGGGCCAGGCAAUGGAGCCUUUCCCAUCUAGGAGGUCUACAUUUUAAUCUGUCUUUUUAUGUCCAUACAUGGCGCUGGGACUGGGAAACCAGAGGUCACUCACCAUGAGCCCCAGAAGGCAGAAGAGCAUUUCAAGGCCUGGUGGACAGUGUGGGGCACCUGGCUCUGAAUGAAGGAGAUGGAGUAAUGUGGGCAUUUGAGAGUCAUCUUCUGCACCAGAUCCAGCCAGCACAGACCAUACCCCUGCCCCUCCCCCAUAUAAUAUACCUCAGAUUCUCUUUUAUUCAAUAUUGAUCUAAAAAAACCCUCCAAUUUUGCCCCUUUUCUAUUUAAUUCUCUGAUAUGGAUAGUCUGGGGGCUUCUUCCCCCUUCUCAAGUUAAACUGCAGCUACUUGGGCAUUUGUAGGGAAACUACUGGUUCCGGUCAUUGCUCCAAAUUGUGGAUGGGGUUAAUGAAGGUGUUAAACUCAUUAGAAUCUACUUUCCCCUCAGAUUUUCCUCUUUUUUUCUCUAAUUACCAAAUAUUGAUCUAAAAUCUCCUCAGAUUUUCUCUUUAUUGACUAUCAGUAGAA